AUGACAUCAAAAUCUGCCACUCCCCUAUCUUCAACCCAGAUAGAGAUGAUAUCGGGAGUAUCAGCAGGUUUGAUAUCCACAUUAAUAACGCACCCUUUGGACUUGGUGAAAAUUAGAUUACAGGUCAGUAAUUAUAAUUUAAGAACUAUUUUCAAUCACAUUACUAAUAAACCCGAUUAUUUGAAACAAUUUUAUCAGGGUUUGACUCCGAAUUUGAUUGGUAAUGCUAGUAGUUGGUCAUUGUAUUUUACCCUUUAUGAAUAUUUCAAGACUUAUAAUAUUAGAAAUGACAGUUUCAUAGAUCAGUCAAAGAAAAAUGAUCAUAUUUUGAGAUUUUUUACAGCUUCCAGUAUAUCUGGAUUAAUCACAUCAGUAACUACCAACCCCAUCUGGUUCUUGAAGACUAGGUUAAUAAGUGAGAAUAAUCCCUACACUUCUUUGCAUCAAUCCAUUUUGUACAUUUAUCGUACUGAAGGUUUGAAAAGUUUUUGGAAAGGUUUAGUACCGUCGUUAUUCCCUGUUUUCCAGAAUAGUUUACAAUUUACAGUUUACGAAUCGUUGAAGAAAUGGGUUAUAUUGAACGAAGAUGAUCAACACAUGGGUAAUUAUGUCACCUUAUCAACUAUAUCAAAGUUUAGUACCAUGAUUGUUAUGUAUCCAUUUCAGGUUCUUCGAUCGAAUUUGCAGAAAAUUGAUGGGAGAAACAUAACAUUCGAAUUAAGGAAAUUGUGGGAGAACAAAAGCUUUUAUAGAGGAUUCACCAUUGCUGUGGUCAAAUCAGUUCCUACAACUUCGAUAAUUUUAGUUUCUUAUGAGACUAUCAAAAAUAAUUUGACGCGUUCCGCACCUAAUGACAAAGGAAGAGAUGGAAAUAUCUGA